UGAAGCUCCACAACUAGUGUACUUUACCACUUGUAUUUUAUCAUGGCAAAGACGGCUAUCUUAUUAGUUUUGCUUGUGGCUUUUUUAACUCACAGCUUUUCAGAUGCUUUUCKUCUUCUUGCACAUUUCCCAAACAAGCUAAUGGACUACCAAGAGUCAUCGACUGAGAGAAUUUCAAUAUGUCGAUACUGCAAGUAUGAAACAAAAUACUAUGAACAGAAGCUUGAUCACUUUAACUUUGGCAUUAAAAUGACAUUCCAUCAAAGAUAUUURGUCAAUAACCAGUACUGGAAAAAAGGGGGUCCGAUCUUCUUUUACACCGGAAAUGAGGGUGAUAUCACGUGGUUUGCCAACAAUACGGGUUUCAUGUGGGACAACGCCCAAGAGUUUGGUGCGAUGCUGGUGUUUGGUGAACACAGAUAYUACGGAGAAACGYUACCUUUUGGUAAACGAUCGUACGAGAGUCCAAARUAUCUUGGAUUUUUAUCAUCAGAACAAGCCUUAGCAGACUUCGCUACACUCAUACGUCAUUUAAAGGUAACCAUCCCUGGAGCUGAAGACAGUCCUGUGAUUGCCAUUGGUGGUUCGUAUGGAGGUAUGCUGGCUGCAUGGUUUCGUAUGAAAUACCCUAACAUCGUUAUUGGAGCUUUAGCAGCAUCCGCUCCUAUUUUACAAUUUCAAGGUAUAACACCGUGCGAGAGUUUCUACAAGAUUGUGACGAAUGACUUUCGCCGUGAUGGUGGUGAUGUGUGUGUUGAUUCUAUUAGGAAAUCUUGGUCAAUCAUCGACAAGUUUGGCGAGACUGCAAGUGGCCGCCAGAKUUUGUCAAAGAUAUUCAAACUUUGUUCACCACUGAAAACUAAAGGAAAUGUAACCGCGUUAUCAUACUGGCUGAGUGCGACCUGGACAAACUUGGCAAUGGUGGACUAUCCAUAUCCUGCAAGCUUUCUGGAGCCUCUCCCUGCAUGGCCUAUCAAGGUAACUUGCAAAAAGCUUCAGCAAAGUAACCUCACUGACGCUAAGCUACUUGGUGCGAUAUCAGAAGCGGUUGGUGUAUACUACAAUAGUACAGGAAAGACCACAUGUUUUGACAUUGGACAUCAGGCUGUGUCUUCACUUGGUGAUAAAGGAUGGAACUUUCAGGCUUGUUCAGAGAUGGUUAUGCCACUUUGUUCAGAUGGAGUACAAGAUAUGUUUCCUCCUACUAAGUGGAACUUUGAAGCGUUURCUGAGGGAUGCAAGGCAACUCAAAAGGUGACACCACGUCAGUACUGGAUCGAAACUCUCUACGGCGGCAGGAAAAUUGARUCCCAUAGCAACAUCAUAUUCAGUAACGGAAUGUUGGACCCAUGGUACGCGGGUGGCGUGACAAAGAGUAUAUCAUCCAGUUUGAUAGCCGUGACUAUUGAAGAUGGCGCGCACCAUCUGGAUCUGAGACACAAAAAUCCACUCGACCCACCCUCCCUUGUGCAUGCAAGACAGAUCGAAAAAAGUUAUUUACAUGAAUGGAUAGCAACGUAUAGAAAAAAAGAAAGCGUUGAAUGUUGAUUACUUUAUUUGAAUAAUACGAAAAAGCGCUUGCGUGUUGAAUAAGAAAUUUAUURCAGAAAGCACCAUGUGAAUAAAUACAGUAAAAAGCUA